GCUUGGUGAGGCAGAAGCUGCUCUGAAACAAAAGGAUAAUGAGCUGAACUCAGUCAAACAGAGAUUGACUGGAAUGGAAGAAAUGAUGACUGGCAGACUCACUGUUUCCAGUUGGACUGAGGACAAAACAAUGGCUGUCCAAUCAGUGUACAAGGAAGCUGCUGGAUUUAAACCGUCUGAUAUAAGUGUGUCUGAGGUUGAGACAUUUUACAAACAGAAAUUGGAUGAAGUGAGUGCUGAUCUAAAACGAAAAGAUAAAGAGUUGAAAUCAUUUAAAGACAGGCUGGCAGUCCAGCUCGCUGCUUCAAGAGAAAAAACAUCCUUCAUGAUGGAAGCAUCCUUUAAAGAGCAGCUUCAUGAGGCCACRGUUGCUCAGAAACAAAAAGACAGAGAGCUAAAGUCAACGAAGGACAGAAUGGCAGCCAUGGCAUAUUCAUUUAAAACUGGAGACACUGAGCGCAUGAACAACCCGGUCAGUAAAACCAGACUGACUGAGAUGUACGACAAAAUGAAACUGCUGCAGUGGCCUAAAGUCAAAGAUCAGCUGAGGUCCAGAAGCGUCCAAUCAAAGGUUGUUCAAGAGAAACACAACGGCACUCCUCUGGAUCAGUGUCAAGGAUCUCAGUACAUUGUUGUUGACUGUGGAGGAGGAACCAUUGACAUCACUGUUCAUGAAGUCCGGGMWGRAGGAGCCUUAAAGGAGCUGCACAAGGCAUCUGGAAACGAUCUGGGAGGACAAACUGUGGACAGAAAGUUYAAAGAGUUCCUCARARAGAUAUUCUCUGAUGGAGUCUGGGAUGAAUAUGAGGAAAAUUAUCCCAGUGAGGUUCAGAAGUUGAUGUAUGAUUUUACUCAUCUCAAACAGUCAGGUGAAGAUGUUCAGUUCACCUGUUCAUUUAAUCUGGGAACACUGGCUCAGAAAACGAAAACCUUAGAGRAGUUCUUUGAGUCAGUGRAAGGUGCCUCCUGGAACAAUGGAUCCAUAARAAUUUCCAAAGAAAAAAUGAAGUAUUUCUUUGAGGAGAGUCUGCAGGGUAUCACCAAGAAUCUUARGGAAAUCCUUAAGAGAGAAUACAGUAUUGAGUACAUUUUGUUAGUUGGGGGUUUUGCUAAUAGCCAKAUUUUGCAUCAGUACAUUACUGAUCAGUUUAGUGACACAUGUAAGAUCCUGUGUCCUUUCAGAGCUCAGGAAGCAAUCAUGAGAGGAGCUGUUGAGUUUGGAAGAAACCCGUUCUGGGUUGCAUCUCGAAAAAGCCCCUACACAUAUGGUGUGGCCCUGUGUGAGYCCUUUGAUGAGCUCMAACAUAAGCCAGAAAAGAAAUUCAUGGUUGGMAAGGAGGAAUGGUGCCGUGAUAGGUUUGUAAAACUGGUGCAGGYAGGUGAAGAUGUCUGSUGGGAUGAGAUUARAGAACACAUCGUUCAUCCAGUAGACAAGUAUCAGACAUGGAUGGCCAUGAGAUUYUACCGCACAGAAAGGCACUUUCCUAAGUAUGUUGAUGACUUGGGAGUUGRGGAAGUUGGUUCAUUUCAUGUUGAAAUGCCUGAYAUUAGUGGAGGUAGAGAGCGCCAGGUGAAGUUAGAAAUCAGGUUCGGCUCCACGGAGAUAACAGCUACAGCCACAGACAUGGCUUCUGGUUCAAAGGGGUCAAUCAAGUUUGACUUUAUUAGGACAGAUGAUCCAAAGACAGAUAAUCCAAGGAGUGUUGAGCCUUCUUUAUAUUGCACUUCAUAUGGAAAAACACUACCAGCAAAGAUUAAUACARAAGAAUAA